AUGUCAAUCGUCUCACCCCCGGUCAACGCCACUGUCGCGUUCUCGCCGCCGAACUCUUGUGGCGAUCUUCAAGACGAUCGGAGCGCACAGACCGCGCCUGCCUCGAUAGAACUCGUCCCCCACAACCAGCACCUCAAGGAGUACACCUUCCCUUCCCCCAGUGGCGGUCCCCAGGCGAACCGGUCCGAAGCCGAUCUCGAACAGGACCAGUUGCGAUCGCCUACACCCGAACCCCUUCAGAGCCCCCACCGUCAUCCUUCUCCUUCUUCAACCGCGAUGGGCGGAGCAGUGCUGUCCUCUGAGCACGUUGCCGCUGUUUCCGACAAGGAAAAAUUCGCAGAGAGUGAUCUGCCUCGCUUUCCUCAGUACGAUCUCACGUCGGAGCACCCCUCCUCGCGCGAUCUCCCCGAUGGACUGCAGCAGCCCCGCUCGAUGAGCUUCUCGGGACUGACCCCGAUACUCAGUCACUCACCUUCCCUGCGCCAGCAGGAGGUCCCGACCCCCGAGCAACAACGAGGGCUCCCUCCGUUGCCUCCUCUGUGCGAGACAAGGCCUAGCAGUCGGCACGAAUACUCCGCUCGAGACCAGCACAGUGGCCGCGACCAGGGCGAUCAUCGCUCUUCUACCGUGGGACGCUCGUACCCUAUUCUUGGUUCUAACGACUACGCUAUUCCGGAGCCCCAUCCAUACACCCCUCGGCAAUACAAUCUCGAAGGUGGCACGAGCGGAAACCACCUUCGCAACUUGCUGCUGCACAACCACUCGCAGUCCAUACCCCAUCCCCAGCAGCCAGCUCAAGUGGUGUACGGCAGUUCGAUCACCCACGAGUCUUACACGAUCCCAUCUAUGCCCCACCCCGCCCAACAGCACCCCAUGGGCAUGUACCCUGGCCAGCAGCAUCAGUAUCAGCAUGGGAACGGUUCCGGAUCGAGCUCGGCCGGUCAGUCGCCGCCCCCACGCAUGGACCGCUCCCCCGACAUUCGUCCCAUGAUUCUACCCCGACUGCCACCCCCGGGAGCUCAAACUAACUCUCAAGGUUUUUAUCUUCCCGCGGUCCCGAUGCUCGCAGGCAUGUCUCCCCGCACCCCGACCGCCCACGUGGCUUUAGGGGCUCACCACGCCAUGGAGAACGAGGCUCCUUUUUACCCCUCCGGGUACCCGCAGCGCCAGCACUCCGCCGAGGGGUCCGCAGAUGGUCUCGAUCCGUCCACGAUGCAGUACGGAGGACAUCCCUAUUUCCAGCAACACCCUCCGCCCGCUUACCACGACCAUAGCAGUGAUCAACAUCGACCUGGCUUCUCCGGUCCUAUGUACUACUCGGACAACGCGCAACACGUGCACCACCAGCAACACCCGAGCCAACAACACCCGCAACACCACCAACAACACGAGUUACGCUACCUCGGGCCGAGAGAGGAUCUGGACCACGGUCGCGAUGACGGGCAAACCGACCACCAGGAUCAGGGGCAACAGUCCUCGGGCGGGCGGAGCUCACGGCGUCCCGCACGCCGAACGAUGGUACGGCGCGCAGCGGCCGUCCGGCAAAGCAGCAACGUGUACCACCCUACCCCGCGCUCAAUGCUCGCCCCGAACGCUCCCUCUCUACCGUGGUCAGGUAUCCCGGGUGUAGCAGCAUCCGCUCCGCCAGGAAAAUUGGCCGGCAUCCCGACCGAUGACGAGUUUAUGCAGCUGCCGACCAAACGCUCGAGGGGUCGCCGGCCGCCGUCGUCGCCCGAGCUCCUUUUCCCGAGCAACCCCAACAUCGAUCCGAACGAAGCGUUAAUUGCUUACUCGGGCGUUACCAAGACUGGCAAGCCGCGCAAGAUUUUCUUGUGCAAGGUUCCUGACUGCAACAAAAUUUUCAAGCGAAGCGAGCAUCUAAAGCGGCACGUACGCUCGAUCCACACCGAGAUCAAACGUGAGCGGUCUCACUUAUUCCUUCAAAAGCUCAUUCGUUCCAGCUAGCUGAUGCUUUGCCCAUUGCUUCCAUCCAUCGCAGCAUUCCAAUGCCAGUGGCCGGGCUGUGCAAAGCUUUUCUCGCGCCACGACAAUCUCAAUCAGCAUCUCAGGGUCCAUCGAGCACCGGGACAAAGCGAUGCAUCCUUCUCGAUCCAGCUCGAACAUUUUUUUGGUAACCGCGAGGGGCAACAGGACCCGCACCAAUCGACGUCGCGCGGGGUUGCCAGCACGAGCGCCGGCGCGGGCGCUGGCGCGGGCUCAGGUUCGGGCUCGGGUUCGGGCGCGGGCACGGCUGCGCUCAACCUCCCGCCCUUGCAAGGCAGUUCUCCUACUCUGCGACAUCAUCAUCACCAGCAACAGCAGAUACAACAAUCAGACAACCGACAGGUCGAAUACGAUCACGGACGUCAUCACUCCGGGGACGAAUACGACCUCGACGAAAAUGGAGCCCCUAUUCCUCGCGGAGCUCGUGAAAGCACGGCUGGUUCGGUCGAGACCGAAGGGUCUCUGUACGCGCCGAGUCGCUAA